AACAAGCCCUACCCUAAGUCGCGCUUCAACCGCGGUGUCCCCGACCCCAAGAUUCGCAUCUUCGAUCUCGGCCGCAAGCGUGCUGGUGUCGAUGAGUUCCCUCUCUGCAUCCACCUCGUCUCCAACGAGUACGAGCAGUUGAGUUCCGAGGCUCUUGAAGCCGCCCGUAUUUGCGCCAACAAGUACCUCGUCAAGUCUGGUGGCAAGGACUCCUUCCACUUGCGCGUCCGUGCCCACCCUUACCACGUCGUCCGUAUCAACAAGAUGUUGUCUUGCGCUGGUGCCGAUAGACUGCAAACCGGUAUGCGUGGUGCCUGGGGUAAGCCCAACGGCACUGUCGCCCGUGUCAACAUUGGCCAGAUUCUCCUCGNNCGCGCUGUCGCCAUCGAGGCUCUCCGCCGCUCCCAGUACAAGUUCCCCGGUCGCCAGAAGAUCGUCGUCUCCAAGAACUGGGGCUUCACUCCCNUCCGCCGUGAGGAGUACGUCGCCAAGCGCCAGGAGGGUCGCGUCCGUGUUGACGGAGCCUACGUUCAGUUCCUCCGUAACAAGGGUCCCCUUGAGUACAACGUUCGCCGCUUCCCCGACGCCUUCUCCGCU